AUGAGCGACACAGCGGACGAAGACCUGCGGGACGUCUUCAAGCUGUUGUAUGAUGAGGACGACUGGUCAUCCGGAGACGAUGAGGCUUAUGCUAAGAAUCCCGAAGCUGGACCGGCGGAACCUGAGGUCGAGCAGGUCGAGGUUGAGUUGGAGGGCACGAGUACCACUGAAAGGCAUCUUGAGCGAUAUAGCCGAAAACGAUUAAUAGAUGGCUUAAAUGAUCUCUUGAAUCCCAAUAUCAAGCGACAGCGGGUCUACUCCCCAAAAACCGUCGCAUCCAGCUCGUCAAUUCCCUGUACAUCAUCUUUCCCCUCUCUUCCUCCUCCAUCGACGUACGCUCCCUUCUCGCCCCUACCCUUACUCUCUCGCUUGAGGACGUUCGAGCCAGCGACAUAUUCGCCGUCAAUACCAUCCCCGCUCGAUCCGGUCCAGGCGGCUCUCCAUGGAUGGACCAACGGCGCGCGGGACACGCUAUCCUGCGGAGUCUGCAGUGCCAGGUGGGAGCUGUGCGGAGUGGCAGAGAUACCAGAAGAGAAGAUCAGGGUGGAGGUGGCUAGGCGGAUGCAGGCGGGAUUGGUGAAUAGGCAUCGAAAGGAUUGUUCGUGGAGGGUGCGGCGGUCUCCUGAAUCGCUUUACGGCCAGCUGCGGCGCUUACUGCAUCCACCUACGACCUCCAACAUACAGUCCCUGGCGGCUGGUCUCGAGCGAGAAUGUGUCGCAAAGGCGAACAGCGAAUUCAGACGGUCAAGCCCGCUGAGUAUCACCGAAAUAUCAAAUCUUGUUACUCGCAUUGACACCCGUCUGCAUUCAACCGCACCAGCCAACAUGGAACCCAUCGAAUCUUCAACCUCCAUCACUCACCACGUCUCCAGCUUCGCUGCUGUCCUCGCCGUCUUCUGCUGGUAUCCCUUUCAUCCCAACGGGCCGGCACACACCCUAUCCGACGAGGCCGGCUCACGGCGCACGGACAUGGUGCAGUGCCGGCUGUGCGAGCGGCGGAUCGGACUUUGGGCGCACCGAAACUCUUUUGGUGGUCGAUCAGGGUUGGAGUGGACGAAGGGCCGGACGUUUGAUGUCCUGGAGGAGCACCUGGCUUGGUGUCCUGUCAGAGAGACAAUACAGGGCAAGGGGUGGUGGGAGGAUCUGGCGCUACUGAAGGAGAAGGAGAAGGGAGACUCGGCGGGGACUAAGGGGUGGAUAACGCUAAGCGGGAAGAUGGAGGUGAAGCCGUGGCGGAGAGCGAGGAUCGUGGAGAUGUAG